CCGCUUCUAUUUAUAUUCUGCUAUUUAUACAUUCAAAAUGGCGCAUCCCUAUGGACAGCAACCCUAUGGACAGGCCCCUUAUGGUGCCCCACCCCAAGGUCAGUACCCUGGACAGCCAGGUUAUGGUGCCCCUCCCCCUGCACAGUAUGUCCCUCCACCAGCUGGUCAAUACGGGGCACCAGGUGGGAUGCCUGGACAACCUGGGAUGCCUGGACAGAUGCCAUAUGGAGGAGCCCCAAUAGCAGGACCUCCUCCAGGAAUGGACCCACAAGUAUAUCUCUGGUUCCAAUCUGUGGAUACUGACCGCAGUGGACAGAUCACAGCCAUAGAGCUACAGCAGGCCCUAGUCAAUGCCAACUGGUCUCACUUCAAUGCAGAGACUACCAGGCUCAUGAUAGGGAUGUUUGAUCGAGAUUUCUCUGGAACAAUAAAUUUGCAAGAGUUUGCUGCACUGUGGAACUAUAUUCAGCAGUGGAAGGGUGUAUUUGAGCAGACAGAUCAGAACAGGACAGGAUCUAUCGAGGCUCACGAGUUGACUGGAGCUUUCCAGAGAAUGGGAUACAAUGUAUCGCCUCAGUUUGCUAACAUGGUUGUCUGCAAGUUUGACACAUUAGGCAGAAGACAACUGACCCUAGACAAUUUCAUUCAAGCAUGUGUGAUGUUGAAAACGCUGACAGACAAUUUCGUGUCACGUGAUGCACAAAGACAAGGAAACAUACGUCUAAGUUACGAAGAAUUUAUGUGUUUGGCCGUGGCCAACAAGCCAUAGAUUGUUAAUGAUCUGAGUUCUGUAGAAUUCUUUUGCUCUUUUAUUAAUAAGCAUAUUCUUAGGUAUUAUGAAUUAGAAACUAUGGGGAGAAAUUAUGCAUUCAUACAGAUAUAUCAUUUUGAAAGUUUGUACCUCUAGAUAAUGAUACAAAAAGGUUGAUCUG